AUCCCUGUAGGCGGGGUUUUAGAGGAAAGUCGCGUUCUUACGGUUGAGAGAGAGAGGGAGAGAGAGAGAGAGGUGUGGAAGCGUACCGUACUGUAGCAGAGCAUGAUGCUGAGCUUGAGACGUUUGAUGCUCCAAAACCACCCUCUUUCUUCAACUCUCAAAGCUGUAGCUUCUCCAUCAUCCCUCCUUACCAGACAUGAACCUGACCACCUUCUCCCUUCCAAUCCCCAUUUCCAGAGGCCUUCCCAGCGCUUCCUCGACAUUUACCAGAUGGGCAACAAAGAGGCCAUUGCCAAAGAGCGCGCUAGGAUCUCAGAUGAAAUGAAUAGAGGAUACUUUGCUGACAUAUCGGAGAUGAAGAAACAUGGUGGUAAGAUUGCAAUGGCAAAUAAAACUAUUAUUCCUGCUAUGGUGGCUGUAAAGUUUCCUUCUUUAGAAGUGAACUUCUCAAAUGGUAGAAGUCUUAAACUACCCAUUAGCUCUGAAAAUUGUGAGGUUGACACCACUGAAAUGGCUAUUCCCUCAGCAUCCUUAAUAUGCCUUUCAUUUCGAGCUAGUUCUCAGGCGAUGAUUGAAUCAUGGACUGCACCUUUUUUAGAUGCUUUUUGCGCUUCAGAAAAUAUCCGGUUAUACGAGGUAUCGCUUAUAGAUUCUUGGUUUCUAUCACUGACUCUAGUAAAGAAGCUACUUCUCCGGACAAUGCGGAAAUCAAGUACUGAUGCAAGUAACUAUGCUCUUCAGAGACAAAUUGUUUAUUCAUUUGGAGACCACUAUUACUUCAGAAAAGAGCUAAAGAUAUUGAACCUUCUUACUGGGUAUGUUUUCCUGCUUGACAGAUUUGGUAGAAUCAGAUGGCAAGGUUUCGGGUCGGCAACACAAGAAGAGGUGUCAUUUCUUCUAUCAAGCACUUCCCUUUUAUUGGAAGGGAAAUGAUGUGUCUGCAUGAAGAGGUCAGAGCUAGGAUUACUAGCAUUUUCGGAUUUUUCAAUGCGAUGUUCUAACUGGUUUGUUCUUUUUGUUGCCAUCAAGUAAUGUAUAUACCACAAAAUUAUUGAUUGAUUUUGGAUUAUUUUAUGAAGUGUGUUGAAAUAUAUAAAUUGCUGGUGUGAUAAAACUGAAA